AUGAAACGAGGACUUGUGAAGAAAUUACUGUCUUCAUCUAAUAUUUCUCUGUUCUCAGAGGGUGCACACAUCGAUCAGCGAUUAUUCUCUACUUGGACCCGAUUGAACUCAGCAAAUAAUACUACAUCAUCAAAGGGGCAGAAUCAAGCCAUCGGAGUCAAUCAAAAUUCAACUCCACAAGAAAAACUCGAAAAGAAGUUGAGCAAAAUUGAAAGACUCUUCGGAAAGAGUUCUUCAAGAGCAAAGGAUUCAAAAAAGCAAAUUCAAUCAGUUUCAGAGAAGGAAGUAAAACAAAUGAUGGCAUCACCUUCCUCUCCCAACACCAGCACCUCCUCUCCUCCUCCUUCCAACCAUCAAACUCCAAAAAAUAAUCCCACCUACAACCCCUUGAGCCAAUUUCUUGAUUCUAGAAAUUUGAGUGAUCUUUCUCCUGAUGAAAUUGAAAAAUUCAAAGAAACUCUAAGCCCUGUCAAGAAAAGGAGCACCAUCUCGUCACCAGUAUUGGGAAGUAAAUCAAUCGUUGAAGGAGAGCAUGAUGAAUCGGCUUUGGAGAAAUUAAAGGCUCCAUUCUAUUAUAAAACAAUUUUGAGACUCAUAGAAAAACAAACCUAUUUAACACCAGAAGACAGACAUUCCAUGAAAGAGUAUGUCAAAAAGGAAUUUAAGGAUAGGAGUAAAAAUGUUGAAGAACAAUAUCUCAUUGCAGAUAAUUUUGUACACAUUAUGAGAGCUAAAGACCUAAAGAGUGCAAAAUUAGCUCUUGAUAUUUCUGAAGAAUCUAAUGUCCUCGAAGAUUCAGCAGAGUUGACAUAUUGGAAUAAUUACUAUCAACAACACGGAUUUGUUGAUGAGUGGUAUUGUGACUGGGAUUUAGUUAAAAACUUUCUUCCUGAGACCAUUCAAAAAUUAAAGACAGCUCCAACAAAGGAAACAUUGAAGAUACUUGACGUUGGCUGCGGACUAUCUACUGUUACGUUGAAGUUAUGUGACCAUUUUAAUAAGCAAAGAUUUUCUGUCACUUCUAUUGAUAUCAGUAACGUUUUGAUUGGUCUAAUGAAAGAGCAAUAUGCUGAUAUCCCAGAUGUUAUUGGAUUUUCUCAAGUCGAUGUUAAAGACAUGGAAAAAUUCUUUGAAGAUAAUUCUUUUGAUAUUAUUUUUGAUAAGGGAACAUUUGAUAGUAUCAUGUCUUUUGAUUCAUCAACCAUUGAGGAUAUUACUGCUUAUGAAUCUGAAAUAUUUAGAGUUCUUAAACCUGGAGGUCUAUUUAUGCUCUGCAGUGUGACACCUCUCGAAGGAAUUGAAGGAUUCUUCUCUGGUGAAGCUUGGUCUAGCGUUAAACUUGCAGGUAAAAAGAAUCUUCUUGAAGAUCACAACAAUAAGGGUAGAAAACUACAGCUCCCACAAGAUAGUGCCAUACAAGAUGCCCACAUUUACUUUUAUCAUAUCAAAAAACCGAGUCAAUAA